GCGCUCGGACUAUAUGAAAAGGGCAAGCAUAUUGCGCAAUCUCCGAAAGACGAACCAUAUUCGUGAACACCUAGUCAUCUCGUACCGCAAUUUCAACGCUACGCUCAACGACAGCCGCUUGGAUGAAAUUCUGAACCAUACGGGCAUAUUCCUAGACUUCGCCGACAAGGUGGCAGACUCGGACCUGACACCAGUUACGUUCAACGACAGCACCAAAUUUUUCGAGUUCACGCCAUCGUUGUCGAAGGAAAGGUGGCGUGCGAUUCUUAAUCGGUACAUCAAGAAACCUAUAGAGUCGUACUCCGGCGUUACGAUACACGGCGUCGACUAUUUCAAAGCAGUUUUUGAGAUGCACAAGAAUGGCGAAGACGUCAUGAACGACAUCGUCGAAACAGUGGCCGUCCAGAACCUUGUACCAUUCACAAGCAUGGAUAUGAUUGACAGCUUCCACAGAGGCCAGGGAGAAGAGUCCAGCAUGGCUCUCAAGCACACCUGUUUCGAGUUAUUGUACCCCAGUUUCGGUUACGUUGUGAACGAGCAGUUACUGCAUAACCUAGAGCAGACGAAGCGACAUGCCAGAGAACUCGCUGAAACCAUCCGAGCUACGUUUAUAAAUUCAGUCACAGAAUCGUCAAAAAACCAAACCGUGCCGAUCGGCGACGAUUCUGCACCAAAAAGCAAUCACACGCUGGAAAUUGUUUUCGGCAACCUCGACAGGUCGGUGCCUUCUAUGUUUCCGCCGCCGUACAAAAACUAUCCAAACAUAACCGAAGAUCCUCUGCAAAACUGGGUGAACAUUGAUCGAUACUAUUCUGAACUUUCCUCGGUACCGAAAAAUACCUUCAUUAAAUACAGCGAGGCCGACUACGGGACAUUCAUAAACUUUGAAAUGAUGCUACACUACCUGAUGUUUCCAUUUGCGGGUGACGACGCGCACGUAGGCGUUUUCACAGGAGGCAUUGGUCUAAAGUUUGCGGCGACGAUUUUCUACCAACUUGUUGAGGAGGCCGGUGACGCCGCGGCUGGGCAGAUAUACAAGCGAAAUCACCAAUGUUUGGAGCUCGAAGGAAGCGAAGUCGACAAAGACCUGCAGGGCGCCGUUGCAGCGGUACCGGUAACUCAGAGACUAUACUCGAGGAUGCGCGAGGAAGACGACUACAAGAAACUUCUCGGGGGCAUCCAGUUGUUCACUGAGGAACAGGUGCCGUUUGCGGCCGGCUGCUACCUUCUGUGCGGCGAGACGAGGGGUACGACUCUCUGCAACAUGCCACUCAUGCAUAGCGCAGACUUUGCCAGAGCAUUCGGCUGUUCCGAUCACGCAAUUAUGAACCCGCGAAAAAAAUGUGCAAUGGUGACGCACACAUAACA